AUGUUGGCGUCGCUCCUGAUGGCGGCGCUGGGCCUGGCCGCCCGCGUCCUCGCGCAAGAAGCCGCGUGCUACGCGCCCAACGGCGACCUGGCCAACAACGAGACGUACGUGCCGUGUAACAAGCUCGGCAUCAACCAGUCGGGCGUCUUUUCGAGCUGCUGCGCCCUCGACGGCCCGCCCGACCAGCGCGACACCUGCUCGUCGUCCGGCCUGUGUAUCAACCGCCAGGGCCAGCCGCAGCGGGGGUACUGCACGGAUCGGACCUGGAAGAGCAAGGCUUGCAACCACGUCUGUACGGAUGUUCAGACUGGAGGCAAUCCCGGGAACAUCAGCUUCAUGACGGCUUGCAAUGACGGAACGGCCAAGUAUUGCUGUGGGAGAUCGAACACGACCUGCUGCGGUACGGACGCCGCCUUCUCCAUCGCGACGCAGGAGGCCGUGUGCACGGCAAACUCGACAAGCUCCGACGGCACUGCGGUCGAAAACUCGUCCCCGUUCAAGGGCGCCACCAUCGGCCUCGCCGUCGUCGCCGGCGUCUCCCUCCUGGCCGGCCUCCUUUCGACGAUAUGGCUCUGGAAGCAGAACAAGAAGCUCAAGACGGAGCUUGCCGAGAAGACGGAGUUGUCGAGCCGGCCGAUGGAGCCGCAGUUCACGGGAGCCACGAGCUCGUACGCAGGGACCUCACCGCAGCAGACAUACAAGUCGCAUUACGGCACGUCGUCUCCACCGCCGCCCAUGUCGCCCAACUCGGAAUACCGUCAAGGGAACCUCAAUAGAUACUCCGAGCUGGACGCGUCCGCGGCCGUGGCACGGAGCGAGAUGGGCUCGCCGUCUCCUUAUGACCAGCCGGGUCGAGAGUCACCGGUGCCGGGACACGGAAAUGGACAUGGAACUGGGAGCUAUGGCAGUCCGAUGCACUCGCCGCAUCUGCCGCAGUCUUGAAGACGUAAGAUGGAUCGAUGGUUGGAUGGUUGGAUUGGCGCACGCGUGAGUCUUGCCAAGGUUUGGGUAGGAUUUCGAGACUAUGAAAGGUACUUUUCAUACGGGUUUAUAACAUGUGAUGAUGCCUCACUGUGAAUUGUCACAAAACGGGGUGUGUUGGGACUUUGAGCAACAGAGUCACGGACCCAUGGGUCCAGGCUACUUGUUACUGGCGGAGUCAAUUGCAGGAGGGACCUUUGGUAAAUACCGCAUUUUUCUUAAAGCCAUUCGAUGACUCGAGGUUGUUCAGAUAGAAUGCCCGAGUCCUUUACUGUAUGUCAGGGACGGCUUCGGGGACUCUCGGCCCCACCCGGACCGAGUGUCCCGGACCUGAUCUCGAGGGUCGGAACGCCAGACAGCGAACGGUAGAGUAGCAUGGUGUUUCUCCGCAUCUUGAAGUUGUAGUUCACCGCCGAAAUUCUCAACGCCUUGUCAAGAAAAUAGAGAAUAUGUAUU